AUGGCGUCCGCGACGGCAGAAAUACGAACGACUCUCAAUGCAUACGGCGCCGCGCUUCGAACGCGCUCUCUGGAGGAUGUCCUUGCCCAGUACGCGUCUGAUGGUGUCUUUAUGCCGCCAGGCGUUGAAUUUGAUUUCAAGGAGAUUGUGAUGGCUGGGGAGCAAUGGGCGUUUGCUCGAACAACAGCUCACGGGAAGAAAGCCUGGAUCGAGGAGAGCAGGGACGAGGAUGCCUUGAAUCAAGAACUCUUCGUGAUGAAACAUGAGGACGGCAAGUGGAAGAUUGCGAGGUACGCGUUCAACAGCAUGAAACCGCGGCUGUAA